ACUUGGCCGGUUUUUUUUUCUUUUAUGGCUUUUUUCAUAAAGAGGUUGCAUACUUUGUGACUUUCAGCUUCUACGUCGGCGGCAACGGCAAGGUCUACGAAGGGGCCGGCUGGCUGCACGUGGGAGCGCACACUUACGGCUACAAUAAACGCUCUAUUGGCAUCUCCUUUAUCGGGAACUAUGAAACUGACGUGCCAACGGCUCAGCAGUUAAACGCAGUGAAGGCCCUCCUUAGGUGUGGAGUGGAGAAUGGUCACCUAACCUCAAACUACCACGUGAUCGGUCACAAGCAAGUACUCGCCACUUUGAGUCCCGGCAGAAACUUGUGGGCAGAAAUCAGGACUUGGCCCGAAUGGAUGGACGACGUCAGCUCGAUCAAAAAUUAAAAGAGAUCCGUGCUAAUAUUAUAAAUGUCUGUCUGUUACCUAUUCAAACUUAAAACUGAACCGAUGUAAACUAAGUGAAAUUUGGAUUAAAAAUAGUUAUAGACUCUGA